AUGACAGAUAGAACACAGAGCAGCUAUAGCCGAGUAAGGAAGUCCAACCUUAAUGAAGAUAAUUUUUAAAUGGGCGAUGAACGUGGGGGAUCAACAAGUAUAAUAAUGAACUCAGGAGAUGGAAUAAUGGCUCAAUACCUUUAAAAUGCUAAUCCAUAUCAAAAUAAUACCACUGAAUAGAAUCAAAUUUAGCUAGAGGAAUAUUAAAAUGAGUAUGAGCAUUAAUAAGAAAACCCUUUUUUAGAAUACAAUAAUGAAAACUAUGGCAAUCUUGAUGUUGAAAAUCUUGAAAUAAGCUUUGAAGAUGAAGUAUAUAAUGCUCUAGGAAAGUCCUAAAAACUUAGAAAAAGUGAUUAAUUUUCAGACAGGCCCUUGUCGAAUUUAGAUGAUCCCAUGAUAGGUAUUGACAUUGAUGAAGGACAUAAAAACUCUGAAUUUAAUAAUAUCACGCCUCUAAGAGAAACAGUAAAACUAUCAGAACAUAAUAAAUUUACUAAUUCAGCAUUCAAAGGAAUAACUUAAACUUUAAAUUUUCAUGAUCCAUCUCCAAAGCUCGAUUUAGGAAUUGAAGAUAACCCCGAUACUCACGCUAAUCUAAACAAUAAUUAUUUUGAUCCUGCAUAUUAGCUGGAUCAGGAUGAGAUUGAUAAGAUUUUGCAGUAGAAUAAUGUGAGCCCAUUGAGAAAUGCUGAAAUUGAAUAAGAAUAAAAGGAUGGCUAAAAGUUAAAUCUGGUAUCUGAUUUCAACUUUGAUUUUGUAGAUGAUGAUAAUGUAGGAGAAGGUUAGGUAUUUGAAGAAGGAACAGGAGAAAUGAAUUUUAAAGAUGAAUAUGGAGUUGAUCUUGUUAUUGCAGAAGAUGAAUUGUUUCAAAAUUUGGAAAAAAGAAGAUAAAUUACACUAGAAAAUUAAAUGGAAACCGCUUAAAUGAAUGCCCAAUCAAAUAGAGUUGGAAAUAAGAAGCAAACAAGCAGUGCACUUGGCCGUUAUGAAGGGAAUAAUAAAGAGAAGAAAUCUCUUUUAUCUUCCUCUAAGAAAAGCAAAUUAUCCAGAUUAAAGCAAAAGAAUAAGUUAUCUUUCAAUGAUUAUUAUUAACUAAAUAAUAAGACAGCAACCAACAGAAAUAUCAUUACUAAGCAAAAUAGUGUUAUAUCAAGUGGAGAUUCUAAUAGAUCUGAUUAUAAAUAACAGUCUUAUACUGUAAUGGAAACAAAAUCGUCAAAUAUGAAGUUAGAUUUGCUUAAAAAGAAGAUGAAUUCUUUGAAAAACGAUAAAAAGUCUAAUUCAAUUAUUUCUCAGAGUACAAAGGCCUAAGAUAAUGAUAGCAAAAAAUUUAAAUUUAAAAGACUUGAACUUCCUGAUGAUAAUGAAGAUUCUAUUUCGGGUGAUGAUAAAAUCCACAAGCAAAUUCCUACUGAGGGAAGUCAAAAGGAUAAUAUAGUACUUCAUCAUUAUAUCCCCAAAUUUAAUGAGAUUUAAUCCAAGACUUAACUUGAUGGAAAGCCCUCUCCUUAUCAGCCUAGUAAAAAGCAACCAGAAAAUAAUAAAGAAGGAAGGAAUCACAAGAAAAUAAACGUACAAUCUUUUGAUUCACACAUUUCUAGUAAUAACUAGCAAUCACAUAAUCACAAUUUCAAAAAGUAAUCAAAAGAACCUAAGACUGCAAAACAUUAUUUUUCAAAUAAUGUCACCCAAGAUUUAAUAAAAGAAUUUAAAACAUACUAAACCAAAAGUAAAGAUAUGAUAUCAAAUCAAUAAUAAUUAGCUCCAACAACAUCCCUAAAGUCUAAUCCAUAUGACAAAUAUAAAUAAAAGAUAGUCAUUGAGUCUAAGUUGUAAAAUGCCCCAAUAAUUGAUAUAGAUUAAGCCGAGCAAAUUAAGUUUUAGAAAUCAACAGCCAAAUAUGGUUCUAAUAUACGUAUUAAUGAAAAUCCAAGUAAAAUGAAAGUAUUCCCAUAGCAUUCUUAAUUUUAGAUACAUUAAAAAGGGACAAUAAAAUCUAUCAAAGUAAUGGAAAAGCAAACAUUAGACACAUCCAAAGAUGAUGCUAAAUUUAUAAAAGAAAUGUCAAAAAUGGAGAAUAAAGAGAAACAGCUUAAAACCUAAAUUGAUAAGAUACAUAAUCAAAUUGAAAAGAGGAAAAAGGAUGAGGAAGCAUAAUAAAUUAAAGUAUAGUGCUUAUAUCAAUAAAAGCUAGAUGAUAUUAGAAAAAAUGAGAAAAAAACUAGCUUUAAUGGUAGCAAUCUUAGUUAGGCUAUAAAUUAAAGCCAAAUAAAAGACAUGAAAUAUGAGAAUGCCACAAGACCUAAGAUAAGUUCUACAAAAUCAACAAUAGAGCACAAUAAAAUUGAAAGAGAUAAUUCAAAUAAGACAGACAAGACAUCUGUAAAUUAAGUAAAAUUGAAAAAAGAUCAAUCACCUGAUAUGAAGCCAGGCUACUAGCAACUAAAUCGAGUCAACUAUGCUAAAAUUGGAAUAAAUCAAACUCCAAAGGCCAGUUUUUUAUCUGCCAAGCUUAAUAACUAAGAAAGGCCUUCUAAGAUAUCAAGAUAAGGUAACAUGCAAGAUGCUUUUGAGCCAGAAUUGAAGGAUCACAAAAGUCCAGGAUACAUAGACAAAAAUGGAGAUCCAUUUACCAAUAUCCAAGCAAUAAAUAAGCAAAAUGUCAAAAACCAAAAAUUAGAAAAUAAAGGGACUAAUUUUGUCAUAAAUCCCAAUCCAACAAAUUUUAAUGGUACUGAUGAAGACGAAGGGUCCUUGGUUAGAAAUGAAGUUUGUGAUAAAAGUCACAAGAAAUUAAAUAAAAAUAUAUAAGCCUUGAGGGAUCAGCUGAAUGAGAAUUCAGUGAAAAAGACUGAAUUAUCUAUUGAAAGAAAUCCUUAGAUGUACAAGCAUGAUUCUCAAGAUGAUGCAAAAAAUGAGAAUAUGAAUCAAUCUAUCAUAAGUCAGAAGAAAUUUAUUUAUAGGCCACUAACUGCUAGUCUUAGGCCAAACAACAAACAAGAUGAGAGUUUUUAAUCUAAUUACCCUGAACUGGGAGAAUAGUAAUAAAUAAUGAAUGAAUAGUCUGUAAAUUCUAGUAGGUUAGAUCUCAAAAUGGUUGCCAAGAGUUCGUCAAAUAGAUAUACUAGAGAAGAUAUGAUGAGGUUAAAGUAGAGAGUUGAAACUGUAUCUCCAACUAAAAUUUCAGCUUAGAAUAGUCUCUAACCACAAAAUCAUCUUGAGAUAAUUUAGGAAAAUUCAUUUAUAAAUCCUCAAAACUUAAGAGAUAAGGAUAUCAAGAGAGUUUCCUUCAAAGAUUCUUCAAAAGAGUUAGCAAGUCAAAAUACUCUUAAAUCAACCAAAGAAAUCAGAUAAGAUCCUAUAGUUAACCACAACUUUAAGUACAACAAGGAUGUGGCCGAGAUGCAUUUAAGCAAUCCUAACAUAGUCAAUAGAAAAAGCUUUGAACAAACAUUCAAUCCAAAAAAAGAUGGUAAAGCUGAUGAGGAAGGAAAAUAAAACUAAUAGAAAUAGUAAGUAAGAGCAUAAUCUGUUCUUCAAGGCUAUAAAGACUAAAUUGUAAGCAGAAAGAAUAAAUAGCAUCUCUAGGAUAGGACUAUAGCUGUGUAGUCUGAGCAAUAGUUGAUUGAUGAAUCCAAAAGAAAGCAGUAUAUGAGGUCAAUGAUAAACACUGACUCAAAUAACUUUAAAACAUCUAUCUUGAAAAAUGCGACGAUUGAGCCAGUGAGAAUAGAAAAAAUAGACAAAAACAUUCAAAACUAAAAAAUAAACAACUAUACCCUAAAUGAAACGCUGAAGGUGAAAAUCAAUUAAGAGGAAAGCAAAAGAGAGCCUAGAGGUGCUUAAGAUCCAAACUAGACAAUAAAUUCUAGAGAUAACAAGUCUCUCGACAAAUCUGGCAUAGACUUUUUGACAGAGGCAAGAGAUUUUACCAACAUUAUUUCCAAUCUUAAAAAUUUGUUAUAAAAGGGAAAAUUGAGUUCAAAUAGCAAUAAAAGCUUUUAAACUCUUGAGCAGAGGCCAUCUCACGUUCAAUCAGUUAAUUAAUCUUAUGCUACUAAUUCAGCAGGGCUUCAUCACAAGAAUAAUAUCUCAAUGAGCUAGAUAAAUCACUAAACUCUUGAACAUAACCACUUCAAUCAACCUAGGAUAAGCUUAUCUUCUUAAGGUCACUAUGGAAAAGAUCUUGCAGUUAUUCAUGAGGUAGUCUAACCUUAUUAUAGCAACAAAAACCAAAUAAGCUGUGAUAUAUCGGUCGUGUCAAAUCAGGUAAGGCCUGGAAGUAAAUUAGAGGAGAGAAGAAAAAGAGACUUUGACAUCAAACUCUAAAGAGAUAUUAAAGCACUUGAGAACAUUUUAACGAGAAAGCAUUAGCUUUAGAGGUUGGCAAGUGAAGUAUCUAAUGAAAGAACUAGCCUUAAUCAAUCUACCAUUGACGGUGGAGUUCGGCCUUCUUCUAGAUCAUCGUCUGUUUAGAGGCCAAGCACUAAAUUGAUGACAGGAUAAGUCACUUUUGGAAACAGCAUGAUAAAAAAUAGCAAUCAAACACCACGUGGCUAGUCUUUCAAUAUCUCUAGAAAAAGCACAUAAAAUAACUUUAUAGCAGCCCAGCCUACAUCUGAAAAUAUGGGAACACUGCUAUAGAGCAUUAAAGAAGCUGAAGAAUAACUUGAAUUGCUUAAAGGAGAGAGCAAUUAAAUUGAGUAAUAGAUUGGUGACCUUAGAAGACUGAGAUCUCCACCUAAGUGA